AUGUGUGAACUAUGUGCCAUGACGUGCCAUGAGCCCCAUCCUCCAUCAGAGGAGGGCCCUAACCAUUGUGAGGAGGGUCCCAAGCCUCCAGAGGAGUUGGUGGGUAACACCACAAAACAUGCUCUGCUCACCUUGUAUGAGGAACUACUGACAGAGGUGCAAUUAGCAGAAGAGGCUCAGCGCUCACGCAAGUUCUCAGAGCAGCUUUAUUGCUUCAAUCACAAGAAUGUGAAAUCAGUGCUUCACUGGACAAGUUUUUUGAUUUUAUUUGUACUUGCCAUCUUCUUGCUCAUUGGUUAUGGAUAUCGACACAUUGAUUUGGGAAAAUCUGUUUACCAGAGCUGUUGGUGGAUAGCUGAGGCACUUCUGAUUCUCCUGAGCUUGCUAUUUAAUGGUUACUUGAUAGGCUGGAACCAAACUUUGGUGAUUGAGGAACCUGUUCGUCUGGCACAAGAGGCUCUAGUGAAAAUAAGGGAAAACUUGGUUGAUGGAGUAUGGAAUCCCAAAGACUAUCUCAACCUCAACAGUCCCCAGUCUCCUUGUAUAUCCACACAGUGGACAUAUCGGGAUGGUGAAUUGGUAGACUUGCCGACUGUGUUAAUGGUUAAAGGAGAUGUUAUUUUGUUACGGCCUGGCCAUGCUGUUCCAGUUCAGUGUCAAGAGUUAAUGACUGAAGAAAACCAAACAGGUAUGAUCCUGUGUGAAGGAGAUGUCUACACCCCAAACUUGGAGCACUCUGUAGAGCAGUUUGGGUUACCUCAGGGACGAGUGCCACUUCAGCCCAAGAAAUUUACUGUGUUGAAAACUCCUUUUGUUGAAAACCUUAGAAACCUUUUGGAUAAAACUGGUGACCAUCCUGCUAGCAUUGUUGAUUCAAUAAGGUACCAAAUUCAUAGUGUUUUACUAGAGAAAACCUUACUGCCUGUAGUUUUGUUUGGUGUAUUGAUUGUUAAUACAUUACGAUACAUCUACAUCAAAGGAUUCAUUGGUCAUUGGACAGAAAUGUUUUUAGUUCUGCCAGUGCAUGCAGUGUUACCUUUGGUGCCCAUGAUAUUUCCAUUUUUUUGGAAAUUACUUAACUAUUAUGGCCAGGCCAGGCUAUUUGUUGCUUAUGAAGUCUCAAAAGAAAUUAAGCCGUCAGUAUCUGAAGAAAGUUUUGACAGCGACAGCAUCAUCUCUGAAGAUGAGGCCCGUGUCAAUUUACCGUGGAAGAGGGUUCUACAUUGGUUGAUGGUAAUUGCAACUGGUAAUUCUCCAGUAGCUACAUAUAAUAUCAAUUUAAUGCAUAUAUUGGGCAGUGUCACAACUUUAUGCUGUAUUGAUAAAAAAGGUAUUCUAUCUUGGCCCAACCCUUCAGCAGAGAAAGUCUUUUUCUUCUCUGAUGUCAAACAGCCUACUCAACAUAACAGCCCCCAGGAUUCUCUGUGCUCUUUUUCAGAAGAAAUGACUUUCUCCCAAUACCCAGAACAAGAUUCCACUCAGGACUGUGCCUAUCAUCAUGGGGAAGAAGCACAAGUGCCCACUAAUGUUCCAAGGACUGGCUGUCAUGUUGAGGUUUUGGAUUUGACUCAUGAUACAAAAAAAAGCUCUAUUUCUUUUCAGAAUUCAUUUGGGCUCCAGUUUGAUGAUCCCUCUUGGAAAAUACAUCUUUCAUCUUUAAAGCCUUUAGGUCUUAACAUUUUGGCUAACACGUGUAAUACAAGCACUGCUAAUUGGUAUUCCCAAUUCACUGACCAUGUGGCAUCUGCUGCUCUGGAGGAUGAGGGCACUGUUGCAGUCUUGAAUAGAAGGUGCCUGUGUGAACUUGCUAGGCAAAUUGGUUUCUCCAACAAUGCCCUAGAUAUAUUUUCUAAGAAGCAGAUUAUUGGUGUCUACAGACAAGUAACCUUCUCCUCCCCGUCUCUUCUUUUGUUCCCCGUCUCUUCUUUUGUUCCCCGUCUCUUCUUUUGUUCCCCGUCUCUUCUUUUGUUCCCCGUCUCUUCUUUUUGUUCCCGUCUCUCUUCUUUUGUUUCUCUUCUUUUGUUCCCGUCUCUCUUUUGUUCCCGUCUCUUCUUUUUGUUCCCGUCUCUUCUUUUUUGUUCCCCGUCUCUUCUUUUGUUCCCGUCUCUUUUUUGUUCCCGUCUCUUCUUUUGUUCCCGUCUCUUCUUUUUUUUCCCCGUCUCUUCUUUUUGUUCCCGUCUCUUUUUUGUCUCUUCUUUUGUUCCCGUCUCUUUUUGUUCCCCGUCCUCUUCUUUUGUUCCCCCGUCUCUUCUUUUUUGUUCCCGUCUCUUCUUUUUUUUCUUCCCCGUCUCUUCUUUUUUUUCCUUUUUGUUCCCUUCUUUUUGUUCCCCGUCUCUUCUCUUCUUUUUUGUUCCCUCUCUUCUUUUGUUUCUCUUCUUUUGUUCCCGUCUCUUCUUUUUUGUUCCUUUUGUUCUCUUCUUUUUGUUCCCCGUCUCUUCUUUUUGUUUUCGUCCUUCUUUUGUUCUCUUCUUCUUUUUUGUUCCCGUCUCUUCUUUUGUUUCCCGUCUCUUCUUUUUGUUCCCCGUCUCUUCUUUUGUUCCCCGUCUCCCGUCUCUUUCUUUUGUUCCCCUUCUUUUUGUUCCCCGUCUCUUCUUUUGUUCCCCCGUCUCUUCUUUUGUUCCCCAAUCUCUUCUUUUUUUGUUUUGUUCCCGUCUCUUUUUUGUUUCCCCGUCUCUUCUUUUGUUCCCCGUCUCUUCCCCGUCUCUUCUUUUGUUCCCCGUCUCUUCUUUUGUUCCCCGUCUCUUCUUUUGUUCCCCGUCUCUUCUUUUGUUCCCCGUCUCUUCUUUUGUUCCCCGUCUCUUCUUUUGUUCCCCGUCUCUUCUUUUGUUCCCCGUCUCUUCUUUUGUUCCCCGUCUCUUCUUUUUGUUCCCGUCUCUUCUUUUUGUUCCCGUCUUCUUCUUCUUUUGUUCCCGUCUCUUCUUUUUGUUCCCCGUCUCUUCUUUUGUUUCUCUUUUUGUUCCCGUCUCCUUUUGUUCCCGUCUCUUCUUUUGUUCCCCCGUCUCUUCUUUUGUUCCCCGUCUCUUCUUUUUGUUCCCGUCUCUUCUUUUGUCUCUCUUCUUUUGUUCCCCCCUUCUUUUGUUCCCUCUCUUCUUUUGUUCCCCGUCUCUUCUUUUGUUCCCCGUCUCUUCUUUUGUUCCCCGUCUCUUCUUUUGUUCCCCGUCUCUUCUUUUGUUCCCCCUAGAAGAGAGGGCUGCAAAAGAAAGGUUACAGAGAGCCCGAUCAAAUGUACGCCACAGGAUACCAAUGCCAAAUUUGGUAUCUAUUGUUGUGAAAGAAAAAAAUUCAGGUAUGUUCCAGCUUCUUUGUCAAGGUACAGCAGACUUGAUCCUGGAUUGUUGCAGUGAUUAUUGGAAUGGACAAGAUUUGUGUCCUCUUACUGACUCUGAUAGAAAAAAGGUUUUAGAUUUUUACCACAGGACCAGCAUAGCCUCCUACUGUACAGCAUUUUCCUAUCGCCCCCUCACCACUCAGAUCACUUCACCAUUGAAAGACAUGUACAUUGAGCUACCAGCUGAUUCAUCUGCAAUGUGCCAAAUUCAGAAUGUUGCAACAAGAGUGAAUGAAUCUGUAAAAAUGGACUCCAGCAAGCUGACAAAGCAACCAUGGUGCUUUAGUGCUGAUUCUCUUGUCACUGAAAAUGAUGGCCCCUAUUCUUCUGAUAGUGUUCCUGCGUGUUUCCAAAUGCAAUGCAGCCAGAUCUUCAUUGGAAUGGUAUCCAUGCAGUAUCAGGCACGAUUGGAAUUUGUUCAAAUGAUUGAUAAACUUGAAACAGCUUUCAUCAGAUUUGUUCAUUUUUCUAAUGAAAAUGAAUUAAGAAGUCGAGUAUUUUCAGAAAAAAUGGGUUUGGAAGCUGGUUGGAAUUGCCACAUUUCUCUGGCUUCCCCAAUUAAAUCAGAAGAAUUAUCAGUGCCUGGUACCUCACAGGGCGAACUUUCUCACCGUACAUCGAAAUAUUCAAGCCGCCACUCUAAUGACACCAUUGGACGUGAGUCACAUGCAUGGAACACUAAACUGAAACAGCAGCAGCAGCAACAACAGCAACACCAUCAUCCCCAUCCUGCUGUAGGUGAAUCCUUGCACACCCGCUGCUACAGUGCACCAAGUGUCAUCAAUCUAGAUAUGUGUCUUGUUAAGUUUGAUGACAAUUCUUCUACAAACCAAACAAAUGGUGAUAUGCCAACAUUUUGCAUCAACCCUGAUUUCCCCAAGGAAAUAGUGAUCGAUCGGGACAGCUUGCUAGGAGAAAACAUGGAUGAUUCAACUGAAUUGUUGGCCAAUUCCAGUGCCACUGCUCCUGCUGCAACUUCUGUUGCUGGCACUCCUGUGGGUGGUGCAGCCUCUUCUUCAGAUUGUAAUGAUGGGAGUGGAGAACCUUGCUCAGAGAGCCACCUGACCUCAAGUUGUGAGACGGAAAACACAGAAUUUAGUUUACCAGGAGUACCAGACAAUAGGGCUCAGCUUCCAAGAGGCAUAGAGAACAUCCGACCGCAUCUUGAAAAAGUGGACAAUGUGCCUUUACUCGUUAAUCUCUUCACUGACUGCACUCCUGAAACCACAAAGGAGAUGAUAAAAAUUAUGCAAGAGUAUGGUGAGGUUGUGUUGUGUGUGGGCAGCUCCCUUAAUGUGAAAAAUACUGGCAUUUUUCUACAAGCAGACUGUAGUUUGGCUAUUGAACCUUUGUAUCCCCAGUUGUGUCGCAGCGAGCCACUGAAUAUUGAACCAGGGGCAAUCCAUGCACAUCUGACACCCAUGCACUUAGCUAGCUCCUUGUUGUCGAGCCCAUGUCCAUUGCUGUUCAGAAACCAUGAGAAUAUCAGUCUCAUCCAGCUCAUUGCAGAGGCCCGUAACCAUGUCUUAUCAAUGGGCAAUUGUUUCAAAUUCUUGCUGUGUUGUCACCUGUCACUCACUUUGGUGCAGGUCUUGGCCACUCUAAUUCUGUUGCCUCCACCUUUGAGUGGCCACCAAUUGUUGUGGCUAAUUUUUAUUGUGGUGCCCUUGCUCAGCCUCAGUUUGAUGGGCAACCCUGUUGAUCCUCGCAAUAUGACCCUAGCCACUGCAAAGAACUGUGAUCAUAUUAACAAACAGAUGCUGCUGCAUUUUGUGCUGUCUUUCAUCUUCAGAUUUGUCCCUCCUGUCACUGUGACCCUCAUUACUUUUGCUUUGAUUCUCUACUUUAUCUGUGAUGUCUUCCAUGAAUCACGGCCUUGCUACCCAUUUGAUCUGAGCCAACACAACCCAUCUGGACUCUGGAACUCGUGGUAUGGAGAUAACUCUGCAGGAUUCACCACUGCCCAGAACAUUGUGCUAUUUCAGAUGGUGCUUUAUUUUGUGUUUAUAUCUGGCAGUUUUGUCCAUCGAUCAGACCACAUCUGGAAGGAGCCUCCUUACACCAACUGUCUGUGGCUCAUCAUUGUAAUUUGUAUACUGAUUUUUCAGCUCAUUUUUUUUCUUUGUGACACUGGAAUCUAUGGAGGGUUCCAAAAGAACUGGCUGUCUCACAUUCAUCCCGCCAUUUGGGUCAUCUCUUUCAUUUGGCCCCUUGUGACUCUCGCGUUCAGUGAAUUGGUCAAGCGUUAUGAAAUAAAGCUCAACGUUCGCUACCAGAAGAGAGCCCAUCUAGCCUUCGAAACCAAACUGGGCAUGAACUCGCCAUUUUGA